AUGUUCAAUUCUUUUGCAUAUCAGCUUAAAUCUUUGGUUCAGAAUUUAAAUGGCAGUACCCUAAGGAAAAUGUGUGUACGUUAUUUGGACGAACAUGGUGCUGACCAUGGCCACAGCCAGUUUGUACCCCAGUCGAAUGAACCUUUUGAUCAGGAGGAUGCAUACAUUGAGUCAGUUGCAGACCCUGUAGUACAGCACGACUUACGUUGGCAACAGUAUUUGACAAGGUUAAGUGAAGGUGCUUGGGGUGACCCCAUUACAUUAGCAGCUGUGUGCCAGCUAUUUAAUCUUAAACUUACAGUGUUUCAUUCAUAUCCAGAUGGUACACGUGUCGCUACUUUACAUGAAUUUGGUGAACAUGAAAUUAAACUUGGUCUACUUAUGAAAAACAUUUUCGUGGCCCUGGACGAGCUAACCGUACCUACACUAUCUGUUAGCACUCCCACACUUCCAACCACUGUUAGUCGUACCUGUGCCACUGAUUCCAGUACAAACGACUGUAAUGGAGACAUAGAGAUUGAUGAUUUAACAAUAGCAGAAGGCGAUCAACAUACAUUAGAAAUUACCGGUGGCACACAUGCUAGCAUUCUAUCACUUGAGAACCCUGAACAGAUAGUGAGUGUAGCACCAGCUGAAGGCCAGAAACCACUGUUUAUUAUGUCUGACCCACAGUUUGAGUUAAUGUGUAACCCUGACAAGUUUUGCUUUGGUACUGGUGGUUUUAGCAAGCAAAGGCCUAGAAAACUAACGUACAGAAAGUAUUUCAAUGCACGGUUGUUAGACAUUGACGGGAGAUUUUCUCGAGAUUUAGACUACUUGUUUGUAGCCCAAUACAUUGUUGAGUGUAAACAGGUGCUGGAUGAUGGCAACAAUUUUGCAUGGAGACAGAAACCAGCUAGAUCGUUUACAGCCUCACAGGUGCGAGACUCAGCAUUCCUAAGUCUACACGUACGUACCGACAAAGCAUACAGAUUUCUCAAAAAUGUUAGAGGUUCGCCCCCGUAUUACCAGCGGACAUUUUAUGAUUUGCUAGCAAUGAUAAGACAGCUGGGUACUCCCACGUGGUUCUUUACAUUGUCGGCAGCAGACAUGAAAUGGCCAGACAUUAUUCAGAUUAUCGGUAGGCAGUAUGGUCACCACUUUACAGAUGCACAAAUUGAAGCAAUGUCAUUCGAGGACAAAAGCAAAUGGUUGAGGUGCAAUCCUGUAACAGCAGCUAGGCAUUUCCAUUACAGAUUGACGACAUUCUUUCAAGAUGUUAUUAAAAGUAAAGCUAAGCCCCUCGGUGAAAUAGUUGAUCAUGCUAUUAGAAUUGAGUUUCAAUCUAGGGGUUCACCACAUGCUCAUUGUGUGCUUUGGGUUAAAGAUGCUCCCCUGUAUGGUGUCGCCAGUAACACUGACAUAUGUGCAUUUAUUGAUCAGUACGUUACUUGUGCAAUCCCAGGAGACGAGUGUAGUAAACUGAAACAACAAGUUCUGGCAGUACAGCAACACAGACAUUCUAGCUACUGUAAGCGACACAAGUCGUGUAGAUUUCGCUUCCCACACCCUCCCAGUGCUAACACAGUUAUUGCAGAGAGCUCCCCUGAUCUAGAGCACGUUAAACAAGCUCAAACGGUAUUAACUAAAGUACGUAAAGUGUUACCAAAUUGUGCUGCUAAUGCAACACUUGACGAUGUGCUUAGUCAGGCUAACGUUGUAAAAGACGAGUAUUUACAAGCGUUGGAAGUUACAAACAGUGGUACAGUUGUGCUGUUGAAGCGUACACCCAGCGAGCAGAAUGUCAACAACUACAACCCCUCUGUAAUGUUGGCUUGGCAAGCCAAUAUGGACAUUCAGUAUGUGCUCAAUGCCUAUGCUUGUGUAAUGUACGUAGCAUCAUACAUUAUGAAGACAGAGAAAUCUAUGGGAGCCUUACUUAAGCAAGUUGCAGCUGAAGCUAGAACAGAUGAGCUUAAAUUGCAAUUGCGUAAAAUUGGGUCUGCCUUUUUAACCAAUAGGGAAGUCAGUGCACAGGAAACAGUGUACAGGUUGUUGUCCAUACCAUUGAAGCAGCUAAGUAGGGCCGUUAUAUUUGUUGACACGAAUAUCAAAAAAGACAGAAUAGCUGUGCUUAAGGGCCCUGAUGAUCUUAGUAAGUUGCAUGGAGAAGAUACUAAUGUGUUUCAGAAGAGCCUGAUUGACAGAUAUGAGCAUAGACCUGCCCAGUUGAGUGACAUGUGUUUAGCUGAGUUUGCUGCUACCUACUCUACCGACUAUAGGCCUCAGGCUGACGAUGUUAACAAUGAUGCAUUAGAUGUAGAAAGUGAGACAAACACCAACAAAAUACGUCUUACGGGUGGUUUUGGGUUCAUGCGUGAGCGGAGGAGACCAGCUACCAUAAGAUUCAGACGGUAUAACAUACAUUCCGAUCCUAGCAAUUGGUAUAGGGCAAAGCUCAUGUUGUAUUAUCCGUGGUACAACGAAGAAGUUGACUUGCUUGCUGGACACUCCACCUAUGCUGAGCAUUACAACGCUGUCCGAACAUUUGUUGCUUCAAAUGAGUCUAAGUAUACAAUUGAAAAUAUAGACAAUAUUGAUGUUGAUGAAAAUAGUAGACCAGAGCAUGCGUGGUGUCAGAUAGCCCCAUCAACCGAGCAUAGCAACACUAAUGCAGCCCAGCAAGGUAGUGAAACAAUCACAGACAUUUCACCAGACGAUCUAGUAGACAAUGAUAGGCUGUUGCAAUCCAAUCCCACUAGUGGGAGCGCACCUACGUUAAGUGCUAGGUUUGAAAGUGCAGCUAAUCACAAGGUUAUUCCACCAACGGAGUAUCGAACGUUGAUGAGAAGCCUUAAUACUAAGCAAAAACAAAUUGUUGUGUACCAUCGUAAUUGGUGUAAACGUGCGGUGAUAGACUUAAAGGAUGGUAAGCGCAUUGAACCGUACUAUAUUUUCUUGAGCGGUCCUGGCGGUGUCGGUAAAUCACAUGUCAUUAAGUUAAUUCAGUCAGACACUUUGAAAUUGAUCAGACUCUCAGGAACAACUGAACCAGAUGAUGUGUUGGUACUUUUAACAGCCCCUACGGGUGUAGCAGCGUUCAAUAUACAUGGCAUGACACUACACUCAGCAUUUUUGUUAGGCAGAAGUAGAUCCAGUGGGUUUCAGCCACUCAGUAAUGAAAGAGUGAAUACACUGCGUUCUAAACUCUCUAAGCUAGUUUUGCUAAUCAUUGAUGAAGUGAGCAUGGUUGGUGCAAAUAUGUUGCUUGAGAUACACAAAAGGUUGCAACAAAUUAAAGCUGUAGCCCCAGAUUUAAUGUUUGGUGGAGUAAGUGUACUGGCUGUUGGCGACUUGUACCAAUUGCCACCUGUAGGUCAACCCACACUGUUUAGUAGAGUUAGAGACUGUUAUGCACAAUUGUACGGAUCUGGUUCAGUGUGGCAAGAUCAAUUCAAAUUGGUCGAGCUCGAUGAGAUAAUGCGUCAGCAGGGCGACAGCGCUUUUGCCAAACUGUUGUGCAGAGCUAGAACGGCUAGUUGCACUGCAGUCGACAUUAGCGUACUAAAGUCCCGGAUAGUACACUCAAAUUCCGUAGAUUAUCCUACUCAGGCCUUACAUGUGUACAGAUUGAAUGAAGACGUAGACAUUCGCAACAAGUACAUGUUGAGUUGUUUACCCGCUAGCGAUCCAAGGUAUAAAAUUAAAGCUACAGAUGCUGCAACUGGUCAAACAAAGCACAUUGAUUUAGGAAGUUUGUCUAGCAAGAGAACAGAUACAGGCGGUCUCCAUAGUGCACUUGAGAUUGUUGUUGGUUCUAGAGUUAUGCUCACCACUAAUGUGGACGUGUCAGACGGCUUGGUAAAUGGUGCCAGGGGUCAAAUUGUGCACAUUGUAACCGACAGUAGUGGUGAAGUGAGUACAGUCCUGGUAAAGUUUGACAAUGAACAAGUAGGUUUAGGGGCCUCUCAGUCUAGUCAAUAUCGAGUAACCCACCCUAAUGCUGUACCACUAAGCAAACUUGAAGUUGUGUUUCUUGCUAAAGGCAAACGUGGUGCUGAAAUUACACGCUUACAGUUUCCACUAACGCUAGCAUGGGCUACUACCAUUCACAAAGUACAGGGGUUGACAUUAGAUGCUAUUGUUGUGGAUAUGAAAGGCACUCGAUUUAAUCCUGGCCAAAUGUAUGUUGCUUUAAGUAGAGUGAAAUCGUUGACUGGCCUACACAUUGUAAAUUACAAUCCCAAAGCUAUUACCAAGAGCCCACAUGUAGAUGCAGAAAUGGAUAGAUUAAGGGCACAACUAUUGGAUAGCACACCACCCUUGCAAUUGCUUCCCUGGUCGAGCCACAUUACAAUAGCACUGCUUAAUGUUAGGUCACUUGUUGCUAAGCUAGCAGACAUACAAGAAGACUCUGACCUCAUGAAAGCAUGUGCUUUGUGUUUUUGUGAAACUUGGUUGUCAAGAAGUCAGUCUUCUCCCACAAUACACAGUAACCAUACAGUAGUAAGAUGUGAUAGACCCGCAAAUGACCACAAGGGAGGAACCUUGAUUAGUUUUAAUGAUAGGUGGCAAGCAAGCAGUACGUCCACAUUUACGUCCAAUGGUAUUGAAUGUUGCAGCAGAUACUACAACUCUGGUGCUAGGUGA